UCGCAACAGUCAAGAACUCAACACCUUAAUAGCAUCCGCAUAGCGUCUUUGAAGAUGCCUCUCUACAAUAUCACCCUGAAACCAGAUGCUCAACCCGAGGAGCUGGAGAAAGCAAAGAAGUCGGCCCAGGAACAAGGGGGAACCAUCAAGCACGAGUUCACUCUCAUCAAGGCAUUCACCGUUGAAUUCCCAGAGGAGCAAGUCGGCAUCCUCGAGAGCAACCCCCACGUCCACGUCGAGAAGGAUCAAGAAGUCAGGAUCCAGUGAUGCAAAAUGCCGACUAGGGCUCUCGACUCUCACCGUGGUUCAUCCUCCAUAGAACCUGAACUUGGUAGAUCCCUGUGAUUUUCGGAGGAUGAUACCCUAUCUGAACGGCAUAACCUCAGAACCUGGACCUCGGCUACAGUUAUGUGUAGCUAUAUAUAUGCGUUAUAGAUAGUCUACUGGUAAACUUAUGACGUGAUAAUUCUUUGCGGGAUAAUGACUCCGAGCCCUCUAUUUUACAACCGACAUCGACUGCGAGCUGGUAAAUGAAAGACUAGAACAAAAAAAGAGAAUGGUACAGUGAAGGGCAAAGGCUAUUCAUCACUGGAUCGGAGUAUCAAGACAGACUUUAAAUGUGAAACACGAAUACUGAUGCCUUCAUAUUGGGGA